AUGGCCGCACAAAUGGUUCAGCUUGUUACUGUGGUGGAUAAAUCAGGGAAGGCGGUAAAUUCCAGUAAGCACAUGGUCAAUGUGUGGAAAGAAGCGAAAGCAGCCUACAAGGAACGAAAGGCAGAAGUAGUUGCUACACGAUAUGGCCUUCCCAGCCCAAAAUCACCUCGCUCAAUUCACACCUUGCAGCAAGAAGAGCACAUGUCUCGAACCUCAUCAAGCAAACACUCGAGAUCCCACCAUCGCUCGCGGCAUCACUCUCAUGAGGACCGUCGACGCUCUUCCCACACAGCAAAAACCGCGCCUUCCUCCCCAACCUCACAUGCAUCCUCACGGAGGCGGUCUCUCGAAGAACAACGACAGUCGGCACCCACAAUGCCUAGCAUCCAAAGGAGCUUCACCGAUCAUGGUGGCGGUCUACAGCUUGCACGUGCUCCUCCACGAAUGCCCCCUCGAUCAUACACAACACCAUCUUCGCCUACCAUAGACAUGGAUCUAGCAUACGGCGAGUUGCCGGGGCCCGUGCUUUCCACUAGGAACGCAGACGAACAAGAGAUGCAGGGCCUUGUGAGCACUGUGAGACGACUGCUCGAGGAGGCCGACUGCUUGCAUCAUUCGGCGACUAAGACGAUCGGAAUGUUGCAGAAGAACCCAGAUGCCAUGGCUGCAGUAGCUCUUGCCUUGGCUGAGAUCAGCAACAUUGCCACAAAGAUGGCACCAACGACUCUAGCAAAUAUAAGCCGCAGUGCUCCUUCGGUUUUCGGCUUGCUGGCUAGUCCACAGUUCCUCAUCGCUGGAGGGGUAGCUGUUGGGCUCACCGUCGUAGCGUUCGGAGGUUACAAAAUUAUCAAGAAGCUGAAAGCGCAGCAAGCCAUUGAAGCUCCCGGUGUGGAUGAAAUGAUAGACAUUGGUAAAGAUAUGGGGAGCAUAGAGACUUGGAGAAGAGGCAUUGCGGACGAGCAGGCAGCAAGUCUUGCCACUAGUGUGGAUGGCGAAUAUAUCACGGCCCAAGCCGCUGCGCUGGCAAAGCUAAGCCUCGAAGACCCAAAGAAUUCGACUCCAGCAUCUAAUAAAGACAAAAAGACACACGGCAGCAGUAAGUCCCGAGGUGAGAGACCGUCGAGGUCAGCUUCCAGAGCGAACUCAAAGACCAGUCUAUCAACAACAAAAUCAAAAAGUACCAGCUUGACAACAGGUUCUAAAGAUGCAAAUGAGAAAAAGGCGAAGAAGCCUAGUCCGUUGAGGUUGAUGUUUCACUGA